AUGGGUCAAACUUCAAACGCUUACAUUUCAGGGCCACGAUGGGCAUCCUGGAAUAUUGGCGUGUUUAUUUGUAUUCGCUGUGCUGGGAUCCACCGGAAUCUAGGUGUUCACAUAUCCAGAGUGAAAUCUGUCAACCUCGACCAGUGGACCCAAGAACAGAUACAAUGUAUACAGGAGAUGGGAAAUGGAAAAGCAAAUCGUCUCUAUGAAGCCUACGUGCCAGAGACCUUCAGGCGGCCUCAGACAGACCAAGCUGUGGAGAGCUUUAUCAGAGACAAAUAUGAGAAGAAGAAAUACAUGGAUCGAAGUGUUGACAUCAGCGCAUUCAGGAAAGAAAAAGCUGACAAAUGGAAAAGGAAUAGCGAGUCAGCAUCCGAGAAGAAACUGGAACCCGUUAUCUUUGAGAGAGUAAAAAUGCCGCAAAAGAAAGAUGAAAUGCAGCUACCAAGAAAAAGUCCCCCGAAAUCUACUGAACCUGUAAUGGAUCUACUAGGACUUGAUGCUCCUGUGACCAGCACAAUUCCAAAUGGCCGACCCAGCAACAGUUUAGAGAAGGAUCUAGAUCUCUUUGCUUCAGUGGAAUCCAACUCGCUCUCUGACUCUAGGAAGAUCGCUGGUUCUAUGCCAACAGCUGGAAGUGCUGGCUCUGUUCCCGAAAACCUGAACCUGUUUCCUGAGCCAGGAACUAAAGCGGAGGAAGUGGGAAAGAAACAACUCUCGAAAGACUCCAUCCUUUCCCUGUAUGGUUCUCAGACACCCCAGCUGCCUGCCCAAGGAGCAAUGUUCAUGGCCCCGGCUCAGAUGGCAUACCCUGCAGCCUACCCUGGCUUUCCAGGCGUCGCCCCACCCAGCAGCAUGAUUGGCGGCAUGAUGGCUCCACCAGUAGGAAUGGUGGCCCAACCAGGGGCUGCGGGGAUGGUGACCCCGGUGGCUAUCCCGGCUGGAUACGUGGGUGGCAUGCAGCCAGCUGUCAUCGGCGUCCCCAAUGGAAUGAUGGCAGCACAGCAGGCCGGGUAUGUUGCUGGCAUGGCGGCGGUACCGCAGCCGGUGUUCGGGGUGCAGCCGGCUCAGCAGCUGCAGUGGAACAUUGCUCAGAUGACCCAGCAGGUGGCUGGGAUGAACUUUUAUGGAGCGAAUGGCGUGAUGGGAUAUGGACAGUCAAUGGGCGGAGGAAGUGCCCAGGGAACCAAUCAAACCCUCAGCUCUCCAAUGUGGAAAUAACCCUCUUCCUGCCCGAUAUUAUGACCACUCCUUUGCCUUUUGUUCUGUUUUUAAAACUGCUCCAUAAGGCAUUCAGGGUUUGUCUCUGGCUCUGUUCAGCCUGAACCUUUGUGUUCCCCAUAACUGGGACCCAUCUCUUCCUUUUCACUGUCAAAGCCACAGGGAACCCUCACUGCCCAGAACACCACUUUCAGCUUCUCUGCAUCCAGCACAGUGAAAUGCAAAUGCUCUGGAGGGUGUGGUUUCCCCCAGCUGCCACUCAUGCUUCUGGGAUAAUAUGUGCCUCUGUAGGAAGACCGUCUCUUGCACGUCUCAGGGGAAGGAUGAAUGAGGUAGUUGUGAAUUAUAUUGUUACUGGCCCCACUUCCGGCCUUUGUGGAAUUGGGUUUUAAUACAAUUAUGGUACUAGCGGGGUUUGGUUUGAUUAGGGAAAGCCCGGGCCUGGGGCUGAGGAACUGGAUUUCCGUCCAACUCAAACCCUAAAAUCUUGCCGCCACUCGUUACUCUGGCGUUCUUCAAAGCUGAGGCCUCCCUAUCUUGGCUGGUCAGUCUUCAUUGGAACCAAAGUCAUGCUGAAGGCCCCUCCUGUGAGCAAGCAGGAGUCUGGCACGUGAUGGGGUGCACACUGCUUGGAAUGUGAAACUCGCACUUCAGAGUGAAUUUUUCUGUCUAAUCUGUGGUGUUGAUGUAAUUUAAAACAAACCAAAAACAACUUUUAAUUAACUAACCGAGACAAUUAAUUUAUAGAGGGUCAAGAGCCCAUCACAAGCCUUUCUUACACUUUUAAAAGGACCAUGACAUUCUAAUUUAUAUUUUUUCACAUCUUUUUGUUCAUGUGUCAUCCCCAUCCCCAGCUUUCUCUCGACAUUCUGAUGCUGCAGCACAGAAGGGAGGUGGUAAAGAAGCAAGUUUUCUUGUCCUUCACAGCCACCUCACUAAAAAGCAGACAGCUGAAAGAUGUCAUAUGCGUGAGCAAAAAAUUGAGAUGUACCUGGUUUACUUUAUCCUGUGUAUAUGUAAAUUCCUUAAUAAAAAAUUGCAGUGAAACAUCA